ACCCGUCCGAGUUGCUAGUAUCCAGAGUGCUCGAGGGGCUCUCGUCAUUUGUGUCUUUCGGUUUGUCGAUUCUCUGCAAACAUACCAAACCAAAAUACACGAUCCUUCGAUCGAACGGAAAUUCGGUGAUUUGAUUCGCAGAUCCCGACGCAUCUGCUAAGAUCCAGCCAUUUCGAUCAAAUCCGCUACGAACGGUCCUUGAUGUGUGCGAGCUGGGAAUCUUGAGCUAGGAUCAAGGGAUUUUUUCGGUUUCCCUGUUAGAGAAUGGCGUGGUUGGGGAAGGUCUCUUUGGGUGGCUUCCCGGAUCUAGCGGGGGCGGUGACAAAGCUGAGUGAGAGCGUGAAGAAUAUCGAGAAGAAUUUCGACAACGCUCUUGGCUUGGAGGAGAAACCUGAAUCUGGUGAAGCUUCAGGAUUAUGGCCUUCAGCAUCAGAUAGGAAAGCACUAUUUGAACCGAUGAUGGCCUUUAUGGGGCAUAAGGGUGGGGAUAGUUCUGUUGAACACUCAGAGAAAGCAGAAACUUCACAGAGUCAGUCUCCAGUUGAAGAACAUGACAGAAUCUCUACUGAAGGUUUACCUCCAUCUGCCUCAGAACAAACUGCUCCUGCAGAAAAGGAAAAUGAAGCACCUGAAAGAAGGGAGGAAGAUAGACAUUCUCAUGAUUCAGGAAGCACAUCCAUUGUCCUCAGAGAACAUGGUGAAUCAGAAGCCAGUUCACAUCCACUGCCAGUUGAGACGGAUGUCUCUGUCACUGGAAAUCUAGAAAUAAAGAACUCUGAUCACUUGUUUCAGCAGAAAACUGUUACAGAAAUGGAACCAAGUGAAGAAUCAAUACCAGAAGAAUCCAAACCGACAAACUUAAGUGAAGCCGCUGUUGAGAAUAUCGUUCUCCCUAUGCCGGCUGAAUCACAUCAUAUGUUGGAAGGAAAGCAGGACGAACAUGAAACUGAAGCAGAACAGGUUGUUGAGGAAGGCUCUCCCCAGAAUGUUGAUGCAUUAUAUGAUAAGGUCAGUGCUCAGCCUGAGACUUCCGAUUCAAGUUCAGUGGGUAUUGUGACUGCUGAAAGUGCCACUGAACUCUUUAGUCAUAGCCUGCCAAACACGCCUAGCUCAGGGAAGACUCCAGAUAUGGCUUCUGAAUCUGCUCCUCAUGACAUUGGAUCACCCAUCAAGUCUGUGGAAGUGGAUACUCCAAAAAAUGAUUUUGAAAAUGAUACCAGAGAGCAGCGUUUGAGCUCUGGAACACAUGUAUCUGAUUCUGUAGACUCCACUAUUGAAAUAGAGAAGGUGAAGAUGGAAAUGAAAAUGAUGGAAGCCGCAUUGCAAGGUGCCGCCAGACAAGCCCAGUCAAAAGCUGAUGAGAUUGCUAAGCUAAUGAAUGAAAAUGAACGGCUAAAGUCCACAAUUGAUGAUCUGAAGAGGAACGCAGACUCAGAAACUGAUGCACUGCGAGAGGAGUACCAUCAAAGGGUGGCAUCUCUUGAAAGGAAGGUUUAUGCUCUUACCAAAGAAAGGGAUACAUUAAGGAGAGAACAAAGUCGAAAAAGUGAUGCUGCUGCUCUUUUGAAAGAGAAAGAUGAGAUAAUCAAUCAAGUUAUGGCUGAAGGUGAAGAACUUUCUAGAAAGCAAGCUGCUCAAGAGUCAAUGAUGAGGAAACUGAGGGCACAAAUCAGAGAGUUGGAAGAAGAAAAGCAAAGGUUAAAUUCCAAGCUUCAGGUUGAAGAGACAAAAGUAGAGAGUAUAAAAAGAGACAAGGCAGCAACAGAAAAAUUACUGCAAGAAACAAUUGAGAGAAAUCAAGCAGAACUUGCUGCUCAAAAAGAAUUUUACACCAAUGCUCUAAAUGCAGCCAAGGAGGCUGAAGCAUUAGCAGAGGCACGAGCCAACAAUGAAGCCAGAACCGAACUUGAGAGUCGUUUGAGAGAAGCUGGGGAGCGAGAAGCUACCCUUGUUCAAGCACUUGAAGAACUGAGGCAGACUCUUAGUAGAACAGAGCAGCAGGCAGUUUUUAGAGAGGACAUGCUUCAAAGAGACAUUGAUGAUCUUCAGAAGCGCUAUCAAGCCAGUGAGCGUCGUUGUGAGGAGUUGAUUACGCAACUUCCUGAAUCAACCAGGCCACUUCUAAGGCAGAUUGAAGCCAUGCAGGAGACAACAUCCAGGAGGGCAGAAGCCUGGGCUGGUGUGGAAAGAGCCCUAAAUUCACGUCUCCAGGAGGCAGAGGCAAAAGCUUCAGCUGCCGAGGAAAGAGAGCGUUCCAUGAAUGAGCGUCUUUCUCAAACUUUAUCUCGAAUGGCUGUUCUAGAAGCUCAGAUCACAUGUCUCAGAACAGAGCAAACACAACUGAGCCGGUCACUUGAAAAGGAGAGACAGAGAGCAUCUGAAAAUAGACAAGAGUACCUUGCAGUGCUUGAAGCAGCUGCCACUCAUGAAGGUCGCGCCAAGCAACUUGAAGAUGAAAUCAAAGAACUCAGGAGCAAACACAAGCAUGAGUUGCAACAAGAACUGACACAAAGAGAACUCUUGGAGGAGGAGCUGGAAAGGGAGAGGACUGCUAGGUCAGAUUUGGAAAGGGCUGCCCAUGUUGAAUCUUCCGUAUCAGCAAAUCAACCUCCAACAACUAAGCACACAAGCCCAUAUAUUGAUAAUGGAAAUGUCUCCAUCCGGAAACUUUCAAGUGCUGGAAGUCUAAGUAGUAUGGAUGAAAGUUUCUUCCUGCAUGCAUCUUUGGAUUCAUCUGAUGGUAUCUUCUCAGAGAGGAAAGUUCCGGGUGAAACAGCUUUGACUCCAUAUUUUCUAAAUAGCAUGACACCAAGUGCUUUUGAAGCCACACUACGUCAGAAGGAUGGUGAACUUGCAUCAUACAUGUCUCGUUUGGCAUCCUUGGAAUCUAUUCGGGACUCUCUUUCUGAAGAGCUGGUUAAAAUGACUGCGGAGUGUGAAAAGUUACGAGCAGAGGUAGCCAUGCUGCCUGGGCUACGAGCAGAGCUAGAAGCACUAAGGCGGAGGCACACUGCAGCAUUGGAGCUCAUGGGUGAACGUGAUGAGGAGUUGGAAGAGCUCCGGGCGGAUAUUAUUGACUUGAAGGAGAUGUACAGAGAGCAAGUAGACUUGCUUGUGAAUAAGAUACAAGUGAUGAGUUCUUCUGGUAGCUCGGGUUGAUGAUCAUGAAGGGUCUCUCUGUCUCGCUCACGACUGCAUCAUUUGAACUCCGUUUGUAUUUUUGGUGAGGAUUGCAUAUCCAUUUGAUGAAACCAAUUGAUUGGUUGAACAAUAUUCUUUCACACUUGUAAUUUCAAAUAUGUUAAGUCUUAUCAGCCUGUAAUAGGUAGCAUGGCCAUGCCCCUGUACAAGCUUCCCAGUCUCUUUAUAUCCGUAGGCAGGAUUGUUUUGUAUAGCCUAAACGGAAUUUGUAUGAUUUACCAUGUCAAUGUGAGACGAAUGCCAUUUCAUUC